GGCCAGCUCUGAUAUCAGGGAGCUACAGCUCUUAAGAGAUAAACAAGACUUUCUGCAGGGAGAAAAAGAUUUGAAAAAUUACCUGCCACAAUGACAGACAGAAGCCCCUUCGAAACGGACAUGGUCACACUGACCCGCUAUGUUAUGGAAAAGGGGCGUCAGGCAAAAGGGACUGGAGAGCUCACACAGCUGCUAAACUCCAUGCUGACAGCAAUCAAAGCCAUUUCUUCAGCUGUGCGCAAGGCGGGCCUGGCCAACCUGUAUGGGAUUGCGGGAAGCGUGAAUGUGACGGGGGAUGAGGUGAAGAAACUGGACGUGUUAUCCAAUUCCCUGGUAAUCAACAUGCUCCAGUCCUCCUACAGCACCUGUGUACUGGUCUCAGAAGAAAAUAAAGAGGCAAUUAUCACCGCUAAGGACAAGAGGGGGAAAUAUGUGGUCUGCUUUGACCCACUGGAUGGAUCUUCCAACAUCGACUGUCUGGCUUCCAUUGGAACCAUAUUUGCCAUCUACAGAAAGACUACAGAGGACGAGCCUUCUGAAAAGGAUGCCCUGCAGCCAGGUCGAGAUAUUGUGGCCGCAGGCUAUGCACUCUAUGGCAGUGCAACCUUGGUGGCUCUGUCCACUGGGCAAGGAGUGGACCUCUUCAUGCUUGACCCAGCUCUUGGUGAGUUCAUUCUGGUGGAAAAAGAGGUCAAAAUUAAAAAGAAAGGAAAGAUUUACAGCCUCAAUGAAGGCUAUGCCAAGUAUUUUGAUGCUUCCACCACAGAAUAUGUACAGAAAAAGAAAUUUCCUGAGGAUGGUGGUACUCCCUAUGGGGCCAGGUAUGUGGGUUCCAUGGUGGCCGAUGUGCACCGCACCCUGGUCUAUGGAGGGAUUUUCCUAUACCCAGCGAACCAGAAAAGUCCGAAGGGCAAGCUCCGGCUCCUGUAUGAGUGCAAUCCUGUGGCAUAUAUCAUUGAGCAGGCCGGAGGCUUGGCAACCACAGGCACCCAGCCUGUGCUGGAUGUGAAGCCUGAGGCUAUUCACCAACGAGUUCCCCUAAUUCUGGGGUCCCCAGAUGAUGUGCAGGAAUAUCUCACCUGUGUACAAAAAAACCAGGCAGGCAGGCAGUGAAUCAGACUGUGCAAACCCUAUUGUUUUUGUCUUGUAUCCUGUGUGUUAAGGACCCUAAAUGAAUGAUAAGCAGAAACAGUGGUGAUGAGUGACAAAGGGCCCAUCCACCCAAUCACAAACAGAAAAGCAGCAGCAAACCACUCAUGACAGGUCUAAAGGCCAGAGGCAACUCUGUGGUCAGUAUAAAUGGCUAAAAACAAAAAUCUACAUGUCAAAAGAACAAUUUUGAUUUGCCUUUUGUCAUGAACAGUGGAAAAAAAAGUUGUAAUUCUAAGUCUGUCAGCUCAAGUAAUCAGUAGCUAUCUACUUGGGUCAAAAGUAUAGAGAUCAGUUAUGAAUUUGUCUUGCUUGACUUAAAAUUUAAACUUAGUGUCUUAUCCUGUAGUGAUUCUUUUUUUUCCUUAAAUUCAGUAUGUAUACUGAAUAUAUGCAUGCUUUAUGUAUAUAUUUAAAUGGCUUCCUUAAUAUCUUAGCAGAGUUCUUGUCUUAUUUUGGAUAAGUUAAAGUUAAAAAUCUCAUGGCUAUUGAAUUCUAAAAUUUCAGAUUGACCUUUUUUUUGGGAGCAAUAAGUUGAAUGACUGGUAAAAGUUAGAAUGGAAAAAUGAGGUCACCUAUUAAGAAAGCAACAUGCUAAACAAAGUUAGUAUUUAAAAAUUAACACCUACUUUUCUCAGACCAUUGACUUUGUAUUUUUGUUUUGGGGAGAAAUAUUUCAAUCAAUCCUAGGGCUUGACCAGAGUGCACUGGUUGAACGACUCUUCAUUUGUCCAUAUUAUGUCAAAAUUGGGAUGGUGUGGUAUAUGCAUCAGAAAUCUCAGCUUGUGUUAACAAGAGUUGCUAUAUGUGUAUAUGAACUUUGAGGUAAAAAAUUAUCAGUGAAAUAUUGGUGAAUCAAAUCCAGAAGUAUUUAAAACAAAGAUGCAUCAGGAUAACAACAAGCUUAACUAGAAAAUCAAGAAUGAUUCAUAUUAGAGAAUUUUUUGCAAGAUGGCAGCAUAGGUAAAUAUAGCCCACCUCCAUGCAUUUACACCAUGCAUGUAAAUACAGCAUGACCACAUCAAAAUUACAACUAAGCUACAAACCAAUGAUUAUUCAGAACUGCCACAAAUUGAGCUGGAUAGAGUACCACAACUGUGGAAUUAAAGAAAAAACCACACCAAGACUGGUAGGAGGGGCAGAGAUACAGAACAAACUGUUCCCACAACCACACAUGACAAAUAAAAAAUGGGAGGGGUAUUUCUGGAGUGAGGGGUCCUGGCCCCAUACCAGGCCCCCCAGUCAAGGGUUCCAGUGCCAGGAAGAUAAGUCCCUAUAAUGUCUAGCUGUAAAAAACAGUGAGGAUUGAGGCCAUGAAAGACAAAAACUUCUGGAGUUGCAGGCAGUUCCUCUUACAGAGCCCAUGUAUGGGCUUACUCAGACUCACUCCCUCUGAGCUUUAGCAAUGAGGCAGCAGCUUGAAAGGCACU